AUGAGUCACGUGGCCGUAAAGGAAAUUAAUCUCCAGCACCAGCGCUGCAAGGAAGUAUUGAAAGAAAUCCUGGUCAUGAGGGAAAUGAGGAACCCCAAUAUUGUCACCUACCUAGAAAGCUACCUUGUCAAUGAGUUUGUCCUGCUGGUGUUGGAGUACAUGGAUGGAGGCUCUUUAGCAAAAGUGGUCAGCGAGAAAAGGAUGGCUGUAGGACACAUGGCAACUGUCUGUCAGGAGUGCCUGAAAGGCCUGGCUUUCCUUCAUGCCAACCAGGUGAUCCACAGAGACAUCAAAAGCGACAACAUCCUUCUGGGCCGGGAUGGCUCCGUCAAGUUGGCUGAUUUUGGCCUCUGUGCUCUGCUCACACCUGAGCAGAGUGAACGGAGGUCAAUGGUGGGGACAACUUGCUGGAUGGCACCCGAGGUGGUGAGAAAAGAGUCUUACGGUCCCAAAGUGGACACCUGGUCCCUUGGCAUCGUGGGAAUUGAAAUGGCCAAAGGAGAGCCUCCUUAUGUUUGGGAGACCAGUGACAGGACAAAAUCCCAUUCCCGCAGCUUGGAUGAGUUCCAAGAAGGUCCACUCCUAAAAAGGUCCCUGCGGCUCACAUCAGCUGUCAAGAAGAACCCAGCUUGA